GGCGUGUACGAGAAGGCGUGGGAGACCAGUGGGGGCGCGGGCUACAUGUCUGUGCGCAAGGGGGAGGUCGUCUACGUCUUCGAGGGCACGUUCGAGCAGGGGCGGGGCGAGGACGGGGUCACCUGGUUCGAGCGCUACGUGUACGCCGAGCGUCGGGCGGAGGGGCUCCGGGGCGGAGCGCCCGAGCGGGGCUGGAUCGGCGUCCCGCCCCUGCUCUUCAGCUCGGAGGGCUUCUGA